GCUAAGUACGAGGAAAGAAAAUGCUCGCCGCAACUCUACGCCUCACCCGCCGAACAACCAUCAUCCUAUCCCGGCUGCUCGCCAAUACAAAAUGGGCACUCCGCUUCGCUACCAUUACCCUCCCGUUUCGGCUCCCGAAAUCCAUUCUUCUUCACCUCGCAUACCGAUUUCGGCUGAUCAAGAAACAACCGGAUAAGACCCAGCAUGCUGCUUCGAAACCAGCACACCACCACCCCAGACGCAGACGCAGAUCCUCCUCGGUGCACGUCGCGCAGUCUCUUGUGGUUGUCUUCGUCGUGUUCGUCGUGUCGGCGAGUGUUUACGCGUACCAUUUGAGGCGCGAGAGGAAGGAGAAGAGGGCCAGGUGGGUGCAGAUGCGGAAUGCUGUGGAGGAGAUGGAGAGGGCGGAGCGGAUGGGCGCUGAUGCUGAGUUCUUGGUGCUGGAGGAGGAGGAGAUUGUGGAUUAG